CCCGUGGGCGGGAGGCGCCGAAUGGCGGCGGUGCUGCGCACCGGUAGAAAGAGCUCGUUGCUGUCGCUCGUCCUGAGGGUUCCUGGGCGUCCUGACGCCCUCCGCGCCGCCAUGCAGCACCCUGCGGCGUCCUCGGCACGGCAGGGUAGCCCCGAGCGCGGCGCUGGGGCAGCAGCGGGGCUGGGGGCCGGCGGUGGUGCUGGGGGCUGGCUGGGAGUGCUGCGCUUCGAUAACCUGGCGCUGCGCUCGCUGCCUGUGGAGCCCUCCGAGGACAGCGCCCCGCGGGCCGUGCCCGGCGCCUGCUUCUGCCGGGUGCGCCCCACGCCGCUGCGCAACCCGCGGCUGGUGGCCAUGUCGCUGCCGGCGCUGGCGCUGCUGGGGCUGGAAGCCGCCGGCUCCGCGGCCGAGGUGGAGGAGCGGGAGGCCGAGGCGGCGCUGUACUUCAGCGGGAACCAGCUGCUGCCGGGCUCGGAGCCGGCCGCGCACUGCUACUGCGGCCACCAGUUCGGCAGCUUCGCCGGGCAGCUGGGCGACGGCGCCGCCAUGUACCUGGGCGAGGUGCUGGGCCCGCGGGGCGGCCGCUGGGAGAUGCAGCUGAAGGGCGCCGGCCUCACCCCCUUCUCCCGGCAAGCUGAUGGUCGUAAAGUCCUGAGGUCAAGCAUACGAGAGUUCCUGUGUAGUGAGGCCAUGUAUCACCUAGGAAUACCAACAACGAGGGCUGGAACCUGUGUGACAUCUGACUCGGAAGUUGUUCGUGACAUAUUUUAUGAUGGAAAUCCAAAAAAAGAAAGGUGUACAGUUGUUCUGAGAAUAGCUUCUACAUUCCUAAGAUUUGGUUCUUUUGAAAUCUUUAAACCUCCUGAUGAAUAUACAGGACGCAAGGGUCCUAGUGUCAACCGAAAUGACAUUCGAAUACAAAUGCUCGAUUAUGUGAUCGGCACUUUCUAUCCGGAAAUCCAGGAGGCUUAUUCAGACAACAGUAUUCAGAGGAAUGCUGCUUUCUUCAAAGAGAUAACGAAACGGACAGCAAGACUGGUUGCUGAAUGGCAGUGUGUUGGCUUUUGCCAUGGCGUGCUGAAUACAGAUAAUAUGAGCAUAGUUGGACUAACUAUUGACUAUGGCCCUUUUGGGUUUAUGGACAGGUAUGACCCUGAGCACAUUUGCAAUGGUUCUGAUAACACAGGGCGCUAUGCUUACAACAAGCAGCCAGAGAUUUGCAAGUGGAAUCUAGGGAAGCUCGCUGAAGCCUUAGUUCCAGAGCUGCCCUUGGAAAUCAGCGAGCUCAUCCUGGAAGAGGAAUAUGAUGUGGAAUUUGAAAAACAUUAUUUGCAGAAGAUGAGGAAGAAACUAGGCCUCAUUCGGUUGGAAUUAGAAGAGGAUAAUAAGCUGGUGUCUGAACUUCUCGAAACCAUGCAUCUCACAGGUGGAGACUUCACAAAUAUUUUCUACUUGCUGAGUUCAUUCUCAGUAGAUUCUGAUCCUUCAAGACUGGAAGACUUCCUAGAAAAGCUUGCAAGUCAGUGUGCUUCUAUGGAAGAACUGAAAGUUGCUUUCAAGCCUCAGAUGGAUCCAAGACAACUGUCAAUGAUGCUGAUGUUGGCUCAGUCUAAUCCUCAACUGUUUGCACUAAUUGGAACAAAAGCUAAUAUAAAUAAAGAAUUAGAACGCAUUGAACAAUUCACUAAACUGCAGCAAUUAACGGCAGCUGAUUUACUCGGCAGAAAUAAAAAACACUGGACAGAAUGGCUGGAAAAAUACAAAGUCCGUUUACAAAAAGAAAUAGAAGGCAUUAGUGAUGUUGAUGCCUGGAAUACCGAUCAUGUGAAGGUUAUGAAUUCCAACAAUCCCAAAUAUAUCUUGAGAAAUUAUAUUGCCCAGAAUGCCAUAGAAGCAGCUGAAAAUGGAGAUUUCUCAGAGGUAAGAAAUGUAUUGAAACUGUUGGAGAAUCCAUUCCAAGAAACAGGAAGUUCCACAGAGGUGACAGGAGACACAGAAGAGGAGGAAGCAACUGCUCCGGCAGCUGCUUGUGCUCAAGCAACCAUAAGCAGACUACCAUAUUGCAGUAAACCUCCGCUGUGGGCUUCCGAGCUCUGUGUUACAUGAUCUUCAUAACUGCCUUGUCUUAUUUUUUGCUGUAAACUGAAGACUCAGAUCCUCCUUCAGCAGUGAAGAAUUAAGCAAGGCGAACGUCAAAGUGCUGUUAGGUUAUAGGAACAACCCCACAUUUGGAUGCACCUACAACAGUCUUCAGCUGUGCUUAAUUUGGAGCAAUUAUGAUCACUGGAACAAACCA